UAAACACGUCAAAAAAUUAAAAUCAAAACUAAAAGCACAGAAGAUCGAUUUAAAAAAAACUUACAGAGAAAAAAUCCAAUAGUAACUCAGAAUAUAGUAAUUAACCAUGAAAUCGAAAGGACAAUUUAAAAUUACUUCCUAAGAUAAGUUCAUUGUAGUUCUAAAACUAUGAAAACGCAGAAUAUAAGUUGAGGAAUCAAGAAGACAAAAGAGCAUAAUCAUAACCCUAUUGACAAAAUGAACAUAGAACCAAAUCGACUAAAUACUUUUACGGACUGGCCCGCCGAUGCCCCAGUGAGCCCUCAAAGAAUUGCCAAAGCAGGAUUCUUCUAUACACAUAAUGCACUUGAGGUAGAAUGUUUCUCUUGUGGUGUUAAAAUAUCAAACUGGAAUUAUGGAGACCAGGUAAUGGCCAGACACAUAUCCUUAAACCCUCAAUGCCCUUUUGUCUUAAAUCCUACUAGCUCAGGUAAUAUAACUUUUCUUAACCCUGAACCUGCCGUGACUACCACUCCCUCUUCCUCUGGAUUAGAUUACAAAAAUGAAGAAGUAAGACUAGCUUCAUUUGAAAAUUGGCCUAAGCCAGAGAUAGUUAGACCAGAAUUACUGGCAAGGGCAGGGUUUUAUUCAUUAAAAAAGAGUGAUAAUACAAAAUGUGCCUACUGCUCAGGUGUGGUGAGAGCAUGGGAGCCCAGUGACAUACCAGAUGUUGAACAUAAAAGACAUUUUCCUAACUGCCCAUUUGUCAUAUCAACAAUAAAUCCUAGACUGCAGGUCAAUGGGACUCCUACUUCAGAGGCUACUUUCAAAAAUGUUAACAUAAUAAAUAGUGCUGUAGAUGGAAAUUUGGAUGAAUUAGGAGUUCAAAAACAUAAUGGGCCAAAGAGAGCUGACUAUGGGACAGUAGAAUCUAGAUUGAGGACUUUUACAUCAUGGUCACCAAAUUUAAUACAGACUCCAGAUGUUUUAGCACAAGCAGGAUUUUAUUAUGAAGGUAUGGGUGACCAAGUACGUUGUUUCCAUUGUGACGGAGGUUUGCGUCAUUGGGAUCCAGACGAUGAUCCCUGGACAGAACAUGCCAGAUGGUUCCCAAGAUGUUCAUUUGUGAGUCUUGUCAAGGGGCAGGAUUUUGUUACUGCAUGUUCUUUGGAUAAUGUAAAUUGCUCAACUAGGCAAAAUGACAAAGUUCAUACUUCCAAGAAAAAACGUCAAGUGACAGACGAAGAACUCCGUUCUCAUAUGGUCAGUCCAGCAGCCAUCGCGGCCCUCGGUAUUGGUAUUGACGUCCAACGAGUUCGUAGGGCCAUUAAAGAAAAAUUAGAACUCACCGGCCGAGGAUAUACUCAAGCAGACGCUCUCGUUGAAGCAGCACUAAACAUGCAACAUGAAGAAGACGAUGGCUUCGAGAAUACUUCCUCUACUGCUUUAAAUACUGAAGUACGUCAAGCAGUGGCAAGCGUUUUAAAUGAUAUCACCAGAAAAGGCAGUGAAAGUAGUGAUAGUUGUGAUAAUCAGGAAGAGGUUACUCUUCGUAGUAAACCUCCCAAUCAAAAUGGCAAGGGGCUCGCAAGAAAAACAGAUCUAAGCACCGGAGAUGAUUCUAAUAAACGGGUUUCGUUGGAAGAAGAAAAUAGGUUAUUAAAAGAAGCCAGACAGUGUAAGAUUUGCAUGGAUGCGGAGGUGGGUAUUGUUUUUUUGCCUUGUGGCCAUCUGGCCACUUGUGUAAAUUGUGCUCCCAAUUUGGAAGAUUGUCCAGUAUGCAGGUCCGCUAUUAAAGCUACUGUUCGAACGUUUUUGUCAUAAUUUAUUCGGAAAUAUAGUUUAUUGUUUGUUUU